ACCAAGGCAAAGAACAGAGCUCUUUCCACGUCCAUCUUUGUUAAGAACAAAACAAUAACACAACCUGAAGAUCAAGGAAACUUAAAGAAAUUUAAAACAGUUUGAAAAGAGAAGAGGCAUGGCAAAUAAAUUAUAUAAGAUAUCAUGGGAGAAGCAAAUGGAAGAUUUAUUCAAUGCAUUCAGGCCAACACCAGAUUCUUCAGUACCUACUACAGAAAAGGCGGAACAACCCUGGAAGUUUAAAUUUUGGGAUAUAAGCAAUCAGUUUCUCAGUGUGGUGAACAACAAGUUGAUAGCAACGCCACAAAAUUCAAAUUCACCAGAGAGUUCUUUUGAUGUAGUUCCUAAUACCUCCUUAGAUUCAAAAAGGAAUCCAAUCUUUAUAGGUGCUAAUAAUUGUGUUCUGUCCUGUAUAAAGUCUGGUGAUGGACAGCUUCAAUUACAGCUCAUGGAGGAAAAUAUUAUGAAGUUGUACACAACACCAGAAAACUUCAAGAAUUUCACUUUCUACAGCAGAAGUGAGGGCAGGCCAGAGAUUUGCACUUUUGAAUCUGCAGAAUUCCCAAGUUGGUUCCUAAGCACUUCAUCAGAUUCAAACAAGCCUAUUGGUUUAAAUAAAAAAAGGAGGACCUGAAAACGUCUUGUUUUAUUUUACAAAGAUAUCCUAAAUCAAAUUUUUAGAUGGAGAAGAUAGUUAUUUUGGUGCAGAAGAAGCAAAGGAAGAAGGUGGAGUCAAGAAAGGAUUCAGCUUAGAAUCAUUAGGUUCCCACAACUGAUCCAAGUCCACCCCCUCUUGAUUUCCAUUAACUCUUGUCUAGCACCAAUUUAAUGUUGACUGUUAGUUAAGUAGAUUCUUGUUAGCUAACAUUUUUCACCUUCGAUCUAGGGAUUUGUAAAAAUUAGCAUGCACAAAAUAUCCUUCGCAACCAAUACCGUUUUCCAGCUUGUGGGUGUGAAUUUGCAUUAACCAGUGAAUUAAUUUUUUGCAUUUCUUUUGACUCACAUUUUGUACAUGGAGUUACUGGCAUUUCUUAUUAAUAAAA